UGUCUCUCUCUCUCUCUCUCUCUCUCUCUCUCUCUCUCUCUCUCUCUCUCUCUCUCUCCUCCAAACCCUACAUGGCGAAAUACAGGACAGUGCAGCCGUGUGUUGUGCUCAAAGAGCUAAGAUCCUUAACCGAGCCAAAAAUGAACAUCACUCUGUAUAGCACUAACUCUCUCAUGCCCAAAUGUGUAUGUAUACACACGCGUGCGUGCUUCAGCAUGAAUGUUGAUGCUCAAAUAUGCAAUACAAAAUCAGCAGCUCAGAUCAAGAAUCUUUUUCUAAAAACACACAGGUAUGAACACACUUCACUGAAAAAGCACCCCUGAAUAAAUUACCUUGCAAAUGAUCUGCUACUGUGUGUCCCUUUUAUCUUUCUACUGUCACUGAUUACCUCUCAUUAAACUAUCCUACAUAUUACUGAAGUCACGUUUUAAUAUGCUAUUUUAAAGUGCUAUAGAAAAAUCCAGUAUGGUGUAUUAAAGAGGUUGUGUUUGCAGUUCAAAACUGUUGAAAACUAUGAGGGUCUGUCUCUCUCAUUCACGUUGUCCUCUCUUGCAUGGAUAACAAUGUCAUAACUGGCAGAGAUAGGGGCUAUUCAGCAAUUGAUCAGUGAGUUCAGAGGGUUUAGAGGACACGCGCACCCCCCAGUCGGCUCAGUGCAGUGUAUCAAAGCAGUCCCACUCCAUAGCCCUCUCUAAUUGAAAACAUCUGCAGAGUGCUGAGCUGUGCAGGCUUGCUGUAUUUGGCCGUAUGUACGUAUAUGUGUGUUGAGGGGGUAGAUUGUGCUGGUAUGCACAAGUGUGCUUGUGUCAGGGAUUGCAGAAGGUGUGAAGUUGUGAUUUGAACCUGCUUUCCUCUCAUCAGCUCUCCAGGCUAUGUGAUGGGGGUUUGCAGGGUUUUUGCGUUUACAAGGUGACUGCUUGCUUCUGCCUUUUAGACUGUGCUUAGUGUGAGAUGUUUGGGUACUUGUUACACACACAAAGAUACCUCUGUUGGACAGCGGUUAUUUCCCAGCUGACUUCAUCGGUGUGUGUGAGAGAGAGAGCAAGAGAGAGAUCUGUGGUGCUUUAUCUAUUCACUUCUGUACAGCAUGUUCCAUAUGCCUUCAUUCACCAAGCUGAGGACACACAGGAGCUGCAAUGAGCAUGACAGCACAGAGGGUAACAGUGAGCAUUUUAUUGAACAUCUUUAUACUAAAUCAUAAAUUUGAACAUUCUAACAAAGAUCGACGCAACUGGAUUGCAAGCUUGAUUAGGAUGCAUCAGUGCGUGACCACACCCCUAGUUCAGUGAGAUCAGAUCAAUGAAGAGAUUUCUGUGUCAAGCUUUGCCUCUUGUUCUAGCUACAUUCGCCAAGCCACAGAGGAAUCAGGCAGUAGCAGCACUCAGAGUUCUGUUUCCGUGACAACAGUCGCUCUAUUGGUUGCUCUCAUGACACUGCCGUCAUGGAACCCUCAGCACUGUGGGACAUGCAGCUGUAGACCAAGGGUGAGCCGAGCCUUUGCUGGUGCAGGAAUACCUUACAGCACGACCCUGAAACGUUGAGCAUCUCAGCACGGCCCACGACCCAUUCUCACUCACACAAUGUUAGCAUCUUCAUCUCGUUUCUGUAGAGCUUUUGGUUAUUCAUUAUCGUAAUGUCGUGAUUUAGGAUGGGGAGGGGUAGGAUCUGGUCACAGCUGUGUAAGCAGGUCUGUAUUCCACAUCAGAGCUGCUGUCUGUAGACUUUAGCUUGAAGGAUAUUGAUGAGAGAGAGGUUCAUGGUGAGGCUGGGAGUCUGGCCACCUUGGGAGAGGCUGAGCGAUCAGGUCACACUUUGAGAGGCUUUGGGUGACCCUGUUUCUAAAUGCUGUUAGGUGUGCAUGUUAUGGCAGUCUGCAGUAGUAUUUCUGCCGGCUUGUUGAUGGAGGACGUAUCAGUGCUUUAUACAAACGUGUUUUCAGAUCGGCACCACUGGUCCAGAGGGUGAGCUGUACUCUGUAUAGCCAAAGGUAUGUGCAUACUUAGUUGAGUGUGGGGCUUGUUCAGAAUAUCUGAUCAAUGUGACCUACAUCUGACAUGGCCUGAACCGAUUUGAACCACCCCACAUACGCAGGGGACAAGUGACUCGACCGUACAGACGGAAACACCUGACCGGCCGUAGCCCGUUGCCUCACUCAUUGUCCUGCUGUUCUUUUAGAUGAGUUGGUUUGGUGUCACACGAGUCGUUCAAGCUCCAUGGCUGUCCUUGUCACAGGCAGAAGCCGCUGUUCUUUCCUUCAUGAGUAGAUGGUGGAAGUGUGUGCGCGCUAGGUCUUGGACGGAUCAUCAGCGUUUGGCUGCGUGCAGCUGGUCUGAAUGUCCAUACCUCCUCAGAGGACCUGUGAUGUUGGACUGUAUAACCUGUACACACUUUCUCUCCCGUACAGAGACCUGCUUCCUUCACAGGAUUGAAAUGUUUCCCCAAAUGCUUUGAGUUUCCAUUGUAUUGACUGUUUUUUUGAUGUUGUUUUUGUUUUUGUUUUUUUGUUUUUUCUCUUCUUUGUUUUUGCUCUUACCUCCCCCCUCCCCCUUUUUUUAGGUAAGGUUUGUAGGAACCCUUUUCCCUUUUUGUGUGAGUGUGGGUGUGGGUGUUUUUGUUUUGAGGAUGAAAUAACUCUCCCCUUUACAGUGUAGUCUUAACAGCCUCUCUUAGUUCCCUCCUAUAAGCUUCAAUUCUCUAAACUUUCUCUGCUCUGAAUACCAGUGCUGUGAAUCUAAACUCACACUAGAAUUUAAUCUGUAAAUUGUAAUUUGUGAUUUCGUCCAGGUUUCAGUCUUUUUUCAUUUGUCAGUUUAUUUCUGGCUGCAGUGGGGGUGUUUUGAUUGGCUGUGAAUAUGAGAUUGGGUUCUAUGAUUGGCUGUGAACAUGAGAUUGGGUUCUAUGAUUGGCUUUGAAUGUGUCUUCGCUUUUCCCCCCUUUCCCAUGAUUCUUUUGAAUGGCUUGCAGAAUGAGCCUGAAACUCCGCCCAUCUUCCCCGCCCCCUUUUCCCGCCUAUCGGUCGGUCUGUUUGCUUGUGUCCACUCUUGUGAAGUGACUGUAAUGUGCGUGCGUGUGCUGUGUCAAGUAUGAGUGUGUAUGUGUGAGUGAAAGUGUGGGUAUGUGUGUGGGGGUGUGUUAGUGUUUGUCACCAAUAAGGGGGUGGGGGCUCGGGUGUUCUGGCUUGCAGAGAGAAAUUUCACACCAUCUUGCCUGCAUCUCCCGUUCCCCUCUUGUGUAUGUACAUAUUUAUCUGAAAACAGCACCCUGCCAGUCUCUUCUCCCCUCUCCUGCAAAGCAUGCGGGUCUUACACACCCAGUCUGGGUGUGUCUUGAGUUUUGAGUAGUGCAGUGCUUCAGUGAAGUGAUUAACUGAACACCACUGAAGACCGAAUGCUAUUAUAGACAUUGGUAAAACGCUGUGUCUUACUGCAUUAGUAAACUUGCAGGCACCCAUGCUGGUUCCUCCGGUCAUCUCCUGCUGUAGAGCGGAAGACAUGGAGUCACAAUGGCCGUGUUCUGAGCCGGUCAGAUCCACACCUCGAUCCGCAGGCUCGCUGUAGCCUGAGGGAGCAGACCAGGCAGGGUUAUGUUGGCGUUCUAGCCAGGGGAGAGUCAGGCAGCAGAAUGUGAUGCGCUCAGUGGAGAAUGUGUGCUUGUGUGGAGGUGCUUUUCCCAUCAGAAUUGCAUCUAUAGUUCACAGAAGUCGGCAGCCUUCCUUCUGAUCUGGCUGUUGGUUUUACUUCAUGCACGUAAGGAAAUUUCUGUUGUGAACUACAAAAGCCAAAAACUUUGAAAGAAAAAUUAUUUUUUAAAUGAUUUUUAGUGUCAUGGAAUCACAGUGAAGGGGCAUACUUGACUCUCCACCCAAUGUGGGACCAUUCCAAACCUGUAAGAAUCAUUGUGUGACAUGAGGAGGUGGAGAUGAUGGUGAGAGAGGCAUCCCUGCAGUCGCCCACGCCCACAGCGGUGUGGGGGUACACCAAGGCCUCUACCCCUCAAUCCCCAAAACCCCAACACCCCUGACCCCUCUCUGUGUGCCUCAAUCUUCCUGCUUAACCAAUUGGUGUUUCUUUUUUGCAGCGGUUUGAUCCCGACCAUGUUGUGCUGAUGGUAAACUUAGUGGACGCACUGACCCUGUGCCCAUCAUUCUCAAAUAUGACGUCAUGGGAAUGGGACGCAUGGAGAUGGAGAUGGACUAUGCAGAAGACGCCACAGAGAAACGUCGCGUGUUGGAGGUGGAAAAGGAGGACACGGAGGAGCUCAGGCAGAAGUACAAGGAUUAUGCAGAGAAGGAGAAAGCCAUAGCCAAAGCUCUGGAAGACUUGCGAGCCAACUUCUACUGUGAGCUAUGUGACAAGCAGUAUCAGAAACACCAGGAGUUUGACAAUCACAUCAACUCCUAUGACCAUGCACACAAACAGAGGCUGAAGGAGCUCAAGCAGAGGGAGUUUGCUCGGAAUGUGUCUUCGCGUUCCCGCAAGGACGGCAGGAAGCAGGAGAAGAUGCUACGGCGUCUGCAUGAGCUCGCUGAGCAGAGGAAGCAGCAGGACUGUGUUCCUGGUAGUGGUCCGAUGUUCAGGCAAACCACAGUGGAAGUCGAUGGAGAGAAGGGGGAAGACAUAGAUGGUAUUCCUAUGACUAUGGACUGUACCACCGAGGGCUCGUCAGGGGAGGAGAAGGGCAGUUGCAUUGGUGGUCAGGGUUCCCCCAGGCCCAGCCCAGCCAUCAGCUUUUCCCUCCGCAAAAACACCUCCUCUCCGACACCAAGUGGAGGAUCCCAAGCGCCCAAAGUCAGCGUGUCCUUCUCCUUUGCCAAGAAAGCCCCUGUCAAGUUGGAGACGGCUGCUGCUGUGUUUGCAGACCCUGGAGAGGAAGCCUUGGAGGGAGAGGAGAGUCUGGAUGAAGGUGCGGAGAAGGCCGUGGGAGAGGAAGCAGCUGCCCCAACCAGCACCACUGCCAGCCCACAAGGUGGUGCAGGAGGUGGAGAUGAUCAGCCGCAGUCCGACGAUGGGGGAACCUUGGCCUCCACACUCAACAAGCUAAAGAUGAUGAUGAAGAAGGAGGAAGGUUACACUGGGCAGGAGCCGCAGUAUUAUCACUAUAUGCCUCCUGCACAUUGUCGGGUCAAGCCCCAUUUCCAGUUUCUGCUUUUUAUGAAGGCGUCAGACCAGUGCGGCAGCCGAGAGGAGGAUGAGGAUGGGGAAGAAGAGGAGAAAACUGCACCGACGGAAGGAGACGGAGAUCAUGAAGAGCCCAAAGAUAACAUCUGCAAAAGUGAGAAGGAGCAGGGGCGAGAGACUAUGAAGGGCCCGAGUACAAAUCCUACUUUCUCUCCAAGAGUGAAGUUGGAAGAAGGAUCAGAUGGUGUCCCUGCAGUAGAGACCAAUGCCGAUCAGUCAAACACCACUUCCCAAACAUCAGAAGCAAAACAAGGGGCAACUGAAACUCAAGACACUGGCCCCCGCUUACUGACAGGACCCUUCUUUCCUGUUCUGAGUAAAGAUGAAAGCACUACAUUACAGUGGCCCUCUGAGCUCUUGGAGUUUACCAAGGCUCAGCCUUCCCUCUCCUACAGUUGCAAUCCUCUUUACUUUGACUUUAAGCUGUCCCGGAACAAGGGCAACCGAGCAGGUAAAGGCAACAAACUUGGCAAGCCGGCUAACACAGAGAGCGGAGAAGGAUCCAAGACCGAGGCCGCUACCAGUUCCGCUUCUGCCAUCGAAGAGGCUAGUUCAGCAACGCCACCGGGCACGGGCGAUGACAAAAAAGAAGAAUCUUCCUCAAAAGAGAAACUUUCAGGUGGUGAGAACAAAGACAACAAGCUUGAGGGCACUGAAGAUGGAGGAUCCAAGAAGAAAAAGAAGAAAAAGAAACACAAGAAGUCAAGCAAGCAUUCCAAGCGCAAAGAAAAAGAAAGGUUGGCCAUGGAGGGAGAGAUGGAGACGGAGAUGCCAGGAGAGAAGACUAAAAAGAAAAAGAAACACAAACGAAAGAAAGGCAAAAACAAAUUGCAUGCUGAGGAAGAGGAAGAAGAAGGAAAAGAACAGAAGGACAAAGGUGGGGCCAGUGGUUCUGCGCCGCCUGCAGGAGGGACUUUGGCCUCGGAGGGAGGAAAGAGGAAAAGAGCUCAUAAAGAAGUGUCGCAGAGGUCAAAGGGAGAAGAGAGCGGAGCAGGAAAGGUCAACUCAUCGGAAGAGCACAAUGGAACGAAGCGCCUUAAAUCUGACCCCAGUACGUCUGCAGCUUCUUGCUCUGCUUCUGCUCAGAAGAGUCCCGGAGGAGGUCGCCCCCCGAGCAGUGAGAGUGAUGAGGAUGGUGGCUCUUCAUCUCAGCGCUCCCGCCCCCCUCACCGUCGCUCUACACCUCCACGGGAGCAGCGACGCCACCACAGCGAGGACUCCAGACGGUCGGGUCGUUCACGCAGCCGUUCCUCUCGACGAGGGGAUCGUAAUCACAGACGCAACCGAGGUCAGGCGUCUCGAAGCCAAUCGUACUCGAGCAGCUCGGAGCGUUCCACGGCCGGGAGCAGCGCUUACAGCUGGCACAGCCACAGCUACUCAGACAGCUACAGCGACUACAGCGAUGGCGAACGGCGGCGAAGGUCAAAGAGAAGGUCUUCAGACUCCGAGUACGACAGGAGGAGCGGUGGACGGUCACAUAGACGACAUUACUCCUCCUCCUCUUCAGAAGACGACUCGCGUUCGCGCUCCCGCUCGCACAGCCGAAGGAAACACCACCGUCGGAGGCACCAUCGCAGCAGCAGUCGCAGCUACAGUCGCAGCAGCAGGAGUUGCAGCACUCGCUCGUACAGACACAGCAGCUACAGCUACAGCCACAGCCCGGCCAGCAGCUCAUCCAGCUCCGUCAAAGGCUCGCCGCACCGCCGUAGCCAUGGCCGACGGGCCGACAGCUCCACGCGCCGGCGUGACUUCAACCGUUCUCGCAUCUACCGCUCACAGUCCCCAAGGUCAUCCUCAUCCCGAGCACAGCCACGAAACAGCAACUCCUCAAUGCAGUUGAACAAAGGUGGGAGCGGAGGAGGCUCGAGGGAAGGCGGUGCGUCGGAGCACCGGAACUCACUCACGGCCCGACAGCUGCUCGAGAAGAUCCAGUCUCGCAAGGGUGGGGAGGAUUCUGGCACUGGAAGUAAACCAGGCGUCAAAAUCAAGGACCCACCACAGGGGUUCUUUGGGCCCAAGUUGCCCCCUGCUCUAGGAAACAAGAGCAUGCUGCCCCUCUUUGGUAAGCUCCAAGCUGGAAAGAAACUUCCUUUAACGCGGCCAGAUGACGGAGAGAAGUCGGGGCAGGGGAAGGGCUCAGAUACAAGUGGAGAGGUGAUCCUGGUGGAGCCCAUUCGAGAGUUUCCUCCUCCACCACCUCCACCUCCUCCACCAGUCCAGCAACAACAGCAACAGGUGGAGGAGCCCGUUCCCAAUGCUGUGGGCCCAGAAGACUCCAGAAUCCAAACCUCGGAAGCCCAAGUUCUCCAUGAGUCACAACCCUUGUUUGAGCAAGAAACAGCCAACAUUAUGCCUCCUUACCAGGGUGAACCAGGACAGGACCCCAACAACCCGAUCGUGGACGGCCGUCUAAUGGGACCUGACAUGAGUCAGCAACCAGCCCUGCAUGCUUAUCCAGGCUACCCCAUGCCCAGCAUGGAGGAGGAGGACGUGGGCAUGGAGCCGGAAGAAGAUGGCUUGGCGCCACUGGAGAGCCAGCCCAUCACUUUUACUCCUGAGGAGAUGGAGAAGUACAGUAAGCUACAACAGGCAGCACAGCAACACAUCCAGCAGCAGCUUUUAGCCAAGCAGGUGAAGACCUUCCCUUCGGCCGCCGCAGCCAACCUAGCGGCCGCCGCAGCUGCUGCCGCCAACCUUGCGCCCGCACCUCCACCCCCGCCUGCUGCCCUCCAGCAGAUACACAUCCAGCAGCCCACGGUGUCUGCGGCGUCUGCCACCUCCAUCACAACGGUGCAGCAUGCCAUCCUGCAGCACCAUGCGGCUGCCACAGCCAUGGGCAUCCACCCUCAUACCCCUCACCAUACGCACCCUGCCCACGCUCAGCUAGCCCAGGUACACCACAUACCCCAACACCACCUGACCCCCAUCUCCUUGUCGCCCUUGGGCCACACGUUGGGCCACUCCCUGGGCCACUCAUUAGGUCCUACAGGCCUGAUUCCAGCCCACCCCUCCGCCUUUCUCUCUGGGCAGCCCAUCCAUAUAAUCCCAGCGUCUGCUCUACAUCAUGCCCCGUUAGCACUGCACCAUGUGCCCCACGCCGCCCUCUACCCCACCCUCUUUGCCCCUCGGCCCGCCACCGCAGCGGCGGCUGCCGCCCUGCAACUCCACCCUCUGCUGCACCCCAUCUUCUCAGGGCAGGACCUCCAGCACCCCCCCAGCCACGGCUCCUGAGAACGGAGCCCGUCCUUUCUCUGCAGAGAGGACAAGUCCAGCAGGCUGAAAGAAGAGGCAGAGAGGCUGGUUUGCUUCUCUGGGUAGUGUGCGCCAGCCUACCAGCAACCCUCUUUCCUUUACCAGUGCUGCCCCCUAGAGAGGUGCUUCGGUUGGACAGGUGGACAGACCGAGCAUAGGAAGGAUGAAGAGCAAAGUGUGUGGCUUGUCCCUGAGACUGAAAAAUCUGAUAGAAGUAAAAUUUAAAGGAAUGAAAAGGGGGUUGAUGUCAGUGCAGUUUGUAAAAGCAGAUGAGGAGUGCCCCCGAACCCCAGGUAGUUUCCUAAGGAUUUUCACUUAGGAGCUUUAGCUCAGACGUGUUCUUGCAGCAGUCAGGAACACUGCUGGAGGUUUUUGGCUUUUAUUUUUAUUUUUUAAGUCUGUUCAUUGUUAAUUGCUAUUGAUGGUCUCGUUUUUCCCCUGCAGCCAAAGAUACUCACUGGUUGCUUUCCCUUAGGAUGUCCUUUCAUGAAGACUUGAUCACAGAAAUUCAAUACUUGUCCUUACUAAAAUAAUAUUCAGACAGUUACUGUAUGGGCCAGUAAUCAAGCGUUCUCUAACACUAUCCUCCAAAUGAAUAACAAAAAACACGAACAAGAAUUAUGUGGAAUGGAUUGAAGCCAUAUUUAUCAUACUUUAAAUGCGGUUUUAAAUGGUUGGUUGUAAAUCAGUGAUGUGAAGAACACGCCCGAGGCGCUUUGCGACAUGUUAGUCACAGUGCUGACGUUCCUAAGUUACACUGUUUUUGGGGUGCCCCCCCACCUUAAGUAAUUUGACUUGCACUGAAAAAAGGUUCAGCAGGAUGCUAUUCUUGCAUCAUGUAAGAACUGUAUGAUUGUGUGAUAUUCUGCAAUAAUUUUAUUUUCUGUUUAUGAUUUUAAAUUAUUUUCCAAUAUUUCUUUUGCCGAGUACCCCCCUUGUAUGACUGUUGUAAAUAGUUAGAACAUUAAGGAAACACAUUGUAAAGUAAUACACCUUUGUAACUGUUUAAAAAACCCUACAAAGAAAUAAGUAACGAAAAAAAGUAAAAUAAAUGUGAGAGAAACGGAUGCCUGGAUGUCAGGGCUGGUACUACAGAGGGCUGUUCUGCUGUACCUGGGGUGUGUUGGGGCAGGGCUGCUGUGGAGAGACUCCAAGUGUUACUAAAAUCCUUUUUGAGAUGUAAAAUUUAACUAUACAAGGCAACAAUUAAUUUUUUUUUUUUUAUUAUUCUUUAUUGAUGCAUCACUUAAAAUAAAAGCAUUUUGAAGUGUA